CUUUUUGCAUUGCUACUCAACCCCAGGGACGGACUGACCAUUUGGAAACUCGGGCACUGCCCAAGGGCCCGGGGUCAGUAGGGGGCCCCACGAGAUGCCCCUGGUACCUUUUUCAUAGGCUUUUUUGAGUUUGGGCAAGGACAUAGGGGCCCCAUGAUCCCCUAUUGCCCGGGGGCCCAUGAGUUGUCAGUCCGCCCCUGCUCAACCCUAUUUGUCCUGUGUACCUGCACACCUUUUCCUAUUGUCUGGGGCCCCAUGAGUUGU